AUGAGCCUUGAUCCGAGUGCUUUCCCGAGGGCGGACUCCCCCGCAAGCUCCGAGAGCUCCUUGACGCGCUCCAGGCUACAAGGCAAGGAAGGAACCCUCAAGAAAGACAAAAACUACCGCCGAUACGCAUCCAGCGUCGAACGAGCACUCUCCCUAUUCGACAAUGCUCUCCAAGAAUGGGCAGACUACAUCUCUUUUCUCAGUCGCCUGCUAAAGGCGCUCCAAACACACCCACCGGAUCAACCAAUCGUCCCCCAUAAAGUGCAGGUCUCCAAACGUCUUGCGCAGUGUCUGAAUCCAUCACUGCCUUCAGGUGUUCACCAGAAGGCUCUCGAAGUCUACACGUACAUAUUUGGACUGAUCAAGCUCGAGGGACUGUCGCACGACCUACCUCUGUAUUUCCCCGGUCUUUCGCCAACCUUGACAUUUGCUUCCUUGACGGUUCGACCACUAUUCCUAUCUCUGGUCGAGGGCUACAUUGUUGAUCUGGAGCCGUGGGCCAUUCGACCCGCCCUGAAGGCCAUUAUUCUUGCACUACUCCCGGGCCUUGAAGAGGAAACCAGUGAUGACUUUGAGCCGACAUUGCGUACUAUCAACAAACUGCGUGACGCGGCUGGGCGCCUUGAGACACAAAGAACAUCCGAAGCAGGGGCAUCUGGGCAGUACUUCUGGCAGUGCCUGUUUCUGGCGUCUAUAACCAAUCCUAGUCGGCGCCUUGGUGUUCUCGCAUAUCUCAAUCGUUACCUACCAAAGCUAGGCAUAUCAGAUCGCCGGCCAAGCAUCGCUGGUGGCAAUGACAUUCUUGAUACCCCACCUGAGAUGCUCGCUGCAGCAGACUCAGUCAUUCUUCCAGAGCCGGGUCUUUUGAUUCGUUGCAUUGCAUCGGGUUUGUCUGACGAUCAGCUUCUUGUGCAGCGCAAUUUCCUCGAUCUUCUUGUGACACAUCUGCCCCUGAGCUCCCCGAUCUUGCAGAAGAGGAUUGCCGCAAGCGAUCUACGGACAUUGGUGAUUGCAGCAGUCGGGGUGGUCACUCGGCGAGAAAUGGGCUUAAACCGCCGACUUUGGGCUUGGUUCUUGGGACCAGACUCCCCGAAUGAUAACACCUCAAUUGACGACCGGAAGAUCUCAUCGGAAACCGUCCGGUCAGCGUCUGUCGAUGGCAAGGAACUUACGCAAUCACAGUACUUUAGCCGUGUGGGCCUGCAGCCGUUAGUUACCGGCCUCUUGGAAAUGAUUAGCCAGGCACCCAGUCUUCCAUCCGAAAGAACCAAGCCUUUCCGGAUAGCUUUGUCACUAAUGGAUCGCUGGGAGAUUGGCGGGUAUAUUGUCCCCGCAGUAUUCUUACCCACUGUACGCAGUGUUAAGGCCUUUGAAAUCGAAGCUUCCAAAAGCCAUUUCGAAGAGGUGUUCCGCAGUGCAAGCGCCUUCUUUGAUGGGGUUGAAAGCGGUGUCAUAUUCUCCGAGCUAUUGGGGUUGGUUGAUUACCGACCUGCCGAUGUGGACAGGAAUGCCAAUCAGGUCUUGAGUGAUCUGAGCCUUGCGCAAUUUAUCAUUGAGAAUUUCAAUGUCCGCGAGGAGGACAUGGUUCAGAUCCACGUUCCUUUGUUGGCAUUGUCGGUUCUCGUGAAGCUAAGGAACCUUUCUUCGAUUCAAAGCACAGUCAACAAAAAGGUCAUUUCCGCGGCCCUGAACAAAGUUCUCAAGUCAUUGAUUGGCUUGCUUACAGAACGAGGCUUCUCAAAGAAGACCGGCUCAGAUAAAUACAUCAGCACGGACACGAAGAGCCGGGGCACAGAUGUGUUGAGAACUGUUCACGGCUUCUAUGAACAAAGUAAAAACAGCUUGGAGCUUCCACCUCUCCCUUAUGCCCCAAAGACUCUAUGCGAGAUGAUCAUCCGCGAGGCUUAUGAGUUGGCUAUCGCAGCGCUGGGAGCUCGUGACGAUACCGUAUGCGUCCACGAGAGCUUGGAAGUCCUUGUGGCUUUGCUCAAGAAACUUCCAAAAUCGCGCGUUCUGCGAGAUCGCAAGCUUUACGAAGCACUCUCCCAAAGACUGGAUGUUGGGAAAGACAAGCCUACUACGGCCUCCUUUUCGGUCAUUUCCACCAUUGCCUCCACGGUAACCAGUAUAUUUUUCAUCCACACUCCAGGCUUCUAUGUCAGCUAUGAAGAUGCUUGUGAUUUGAUAACUCCACUCGUUAAUCAACUCUGGUGGUAUCUCUCACCACUCAGCCCAAAGUUCCACGUGGAGGCGGUUCGCUGUCUCUGGCUUUUGCACUCCAUUUCUUGGGUUGACCAUCUUGUCGAGGCGUCUUUAACAUCAUUGAUGAUUGACUCUUCAGCAACGGGCUCCCGUCAUCUUUCAUCCGAGCAGCAGGCUGAGCGAUUCUAUGUUCUUUGGAAUCACAGUCACCACAACACACAUGAGCAACCCCCGAAACAAGUUCUCGAUGUUGGGGGAACUUUGUUCUCUUACCAGUGCUCGAUGCUUGAGCGCCCGCUUUUUAUCGCUCUCGAUCUUCUCUCUCAGGAGUCUAGCGAUAGCUUUCAGAGUGUUCAGCUCUGGCUUCAGGACCUACCAACUAUCCACAAGGUGUUCCAUGUCAUCAUCUCCAAGCUUGACGAGCUCUCAGAGCACGAUGACCCCGCUGAGAAAAACGUCGAUAGUCAGUUGAUCUCUCCUGACGACUACAAGGAGUGUGACUAUCUUUUACAAACGGCUUCAAAUAUCAUUGCCGCGCUAUCACAGAACGGAUGGAUCACCCUCCUCACUCACGUUCUCGGCAAUGAGAAGCGCCCCGAGGCAUCCAACUCCGAAGAAAUUUCCGAUUCAAAAAGUCUUCAUGCGGCCAUAUUCGAGGCUUCUUUGCGUGUCGUGAGCUCGCAAAAGUCGACCCCUACAGAAGUCUGCCUGGAAGGAGAACGCCUACAAAAGGACGCUCUCCAACUUAUGCGGCAACUUCUUCUUGGUCCAGGGGCGGAAGAAUUGGUUGAGUCCGGUAUCGACGAUUUCUUGGUCGAACGCCUGCUUGUAUCCUCUGAGGGCGGUAGCAUUGUGGUCCAGGGCGCACUGAUUGAUGCUCUCCUAGCUGCAUUGAAGGUGCGAUUUGCACAGGCCUAUCUUCCCCCACCCCCACCUCGACAGAAACAUUUGCGGGCAAGCUCCAGGGAUCGCUUGACCAGUCCUUCACUUCUGUCAUUCACCAGUGACAAAGGCGACAGAAGGCUGUCCAUGCCUCCAAUUCCACAACCACCAGACCGACUGCUGGACUGUCUGCUCAAGGGUAUUAGCUCGCCCAAGUCUCGGGAAAUUGUUGAGAAGUGGAUAUUCCUACUCUGCGAGGUUCUUCCGCUGUAUUCGGGUUCCAUAUUCCAGAUCCUUCUCAUGCUGUCGGAAUGUUUCUGCCGAGAAAUUCGAGCUUCUUACGGCAGACUCCAGCUAUCAUUCCAUCAAACAGAGGAUUGGCCGCAAGACCGUUCUGAGCAUGUUACAAUCGCGCUUCUUUCUGGGCUUGAGACCUGUAUCGCAAAUGCACACGAGCGUCUCAUUGUCGAGGAGGCUAAUGUUCCAUCUGUCAAGAGCCCUGAUCAAGCCCAAGGGUUCUUCGGUAACAUGGUUUCCGGGGUUUUCCACUCAGAAGGCGGGCAAGGUCGUCCCAACACCGCUAAUGAUCGAUUGACCGUUCUUCUUUGUUUCCAAGAUGCCGUUCGCUUAUGUUUCUCCAUUUGGUCAUGGGGCGCAGGGGAUCACAGUGGCACUGCCAUCGACUCUGUUUCCUUGGCUUCGUUCCAGUAUACUUCGCUGCGAAUGAGAAACCGAUCACGGCGGAUUUUAGAGCACUUCUUCACCGCCGAGGCGCUUGAAUGCUUGGAGACAUUGGUGGAGAUGUGGUCCAAAUCCGACUCGGAGACGGCGUCACUGAUCUUUAACCUUCUCCAUACACUCGAUGGGUCGAGUCCGAAGAUAACGAUUCCGGCCAUCUUCAAUGCGAUUUACACGCGCACUAAUCCAAGUGCGCUGGAACCGAGCCGCAAGUCGUCUUUAACAUCUAGCCUUUCGGAGUCUGAGCUUGCCAGUUUCUUGGUAACCUAUGCUCGGUCAUUGGAUGACGAUGUCCUAGAUGAGAUUUGGACAGACUGUACCACAUUCUUGCGUGAUGUACUGAGUAAUCCGUUCCCACAUCGGCAAAUCCUUCCACGUUUGAUUGAAUUCGCUGCUAUAUUAGGUGUGAAACUGGAAAAUACAACCUUUGGCGAGGACCGCCGUAUGCGAAAGGAACUCGGGGAUGUACUCCUGCGGCUGCUCACAGCUGUCUUUACUAGCAAGCCUCUGGGCCUCAGCCAAGACAAUGGGCCUUUGGCGAGAUCUUCUGUGGAUUAUGACCGGACUUCUGUCUCACACACUGGUCCCGAUGAUAUGCUGAGUAUUCUCGCGGUCUCUAUGCCAUCAUUCAUCACCACCCUAGGCGAUUCGGAUCGUAUCAACACUGCCAUUACCGGUGUCUCGACCAACGUGAUCGGCCCGCUUAUCCGAUCCCGUUUAUUCCCCAACAACCUCAACCGCAAUGUCAUGGUCUUGUUGCAACAGAUGGCCAAAGUUCCGGCCGCAGCAAAAUUGUGGAAGAAAGACAUAUCCGACGCAUUCAAUGACCCUCGAUUCUUCGGUUUACAAUUGGAUUUGGUGAAGAACAGCUGGAUGGACCUCUUACGACAAUGGGUUCUUGCCGACAAGGAGAGGCUCUCUGAGCUGCUUGUACGUCUCCCGCCACCAAGCACAGCCGGUAUUAUGUUUGGCGUGGGAGCUUCUGCCGCCCGCUUGGAAGCCGAUCGUAAAGCGCAACUCAACCUCCGGCGCAUUGCACUUCUCCUCCUGUCUGCUAGUGAAGAUUACUUUGUCGGAGAGCUGCCAGCCUUGCUCCAAAAACUGGAAGAUCUUCUUGGUGCAACUAGCUCUUCCUCACCAUCCGCCGCUACCCGGGCAGAAGUGUUCAUGGUCCUACGUGCUGUCGCACUCAAGACCUCUGCCUCAGCAAUGGCACCAUUUUGGCCUUUGAUCAACACGGAGCUACAAGAAGCGAUCUCUGCCGUUCCUCGAGGAUCUCAGGCAGAACGCUACAACUCCUACUCAUUGCUCCAGGCAUGUAAGCUCCUCGACGUUCUGCUGGUCCUUGGCCCCGACGAUUUCCAACUUCUCGAAUGGCUUUUCGUCACCGACACUAUUGAUGCCGUAUACCCGCCGGAUCGAUGGGAACCGAUUGCACUAGCAGAUGAGGUUUCUCAGAGCUUCGGUCCCCGUAUUGCAGCAUCACCCACUGUGCCAGAGACUAACGAGCCCCAGGCCCGCAGUGGCCUGAAGCGACCGUGGCUUCUCUCUGACUGGAUCCGGGAGACUGCCAAGGAUGAAAUUGUCGAGCGCGUCUUGCGACCAUUCUUCGAUCGGCUGAGUAUCUACGUAUUUGAGAGUACGUAUGGCAUGGGGAGCAUAGACUUCACAGUGUGCAGAGAAGAUCUUUUGGCUGAUCUGUUCAAUGAGAGCACGAUGGCCAAUUAA